CACGCACGAGCAAGGAGAGACGGGAAGGUUAUACACGGUUGGUAAAAAGGAGCGAGGAAGAAGGAGGAAGGAGAAAAAAAAAGAGAAGAGUGACGAGUUUGCAUCGCAUUGCCCCCCCAGGACACGCGAAAGAGCGAGCGAGAGGGGAGAGGGAGAGGGAGUGAGAAGGGGCGAGGAGCGGUGAGAAAGAGAGAGAGAAGGAAAAUGCCGAAUGAGAGUGCCCCUCAGACGUCGCGCCGUAGUCUAGCCAAAGAGACAAGAGCCUGGUAGGAAGGUGCGUCGUCGUCGUCGCAACGAGAGGAGAGGAAAGAGAGAGAGAGAGAGAGAGAGAGAGAGAGAGAGAGAGAAAGAGAGAGAGAGGGAGAGAGGAGUCGGUUGGCACACGGUGAAUCGUCAAGAGAACGGUCAACGCGCGUCCCUUAACCUUAAAAAAGUUGAAGAGUCGUUUCUGGGAAGACACGGUCGUCGUGGUAGUCCGCCUGAUCGGUCGUCGCAGUCAUCCACGUCGGUUUGAAUGAUCGAGCUGGCUCGAGAGACAUCCAUUGCCACCGGAAACACGCCAAGUCUGUAUACUACCGGUGCCGAGUCGACGUGACAGAGAGUCGUUGUACCUCGAAGCGAGCGGGAAAUAGACAGCGGUUCCAGAGGAAAGGAAGAAAGGAGAAAACAAAAGACAGUACAGCCAAGAACGCUUGGAAGAUCGUUCAAGAAGUUACGAAAAACCUCCUGUGUUCCUUUCGUUUUUUGGUGUGCAAGCGCGAAAAAUCACGCCGAGUAUCACGCGAGAAAGACAAUCGUGUUCGCCGAGACGUUAAGAUAAUAACCGAAAAAAAUAAGAGUAAAAUCAGGCCGCGGAAAAGACCCUGACGAAAGCGCGCUCUCGUGUUUCUUCCUGCAUGAUAACAGGAUUCAACGUGUCGUCGUCGUCGUCCUCGCCGCCGUCGUCGUCGUCGUCAUCGUCCGCGUCGCAUACGUGUACCCGUCCUCUGCCUGGGAAAUAGUUACGGUCUUCGACGUGUCGAGAACGUGCGGUGAUCGUGUCAUUCUCGAGUUUGUCCACGGAUUUCAUCGGUGUAUCUCGUUUCGGGUCUCGUGGUGCGAAAUAAUCGGUUCAUUUACCGUAUUCGCGUCGUGAUCAUCAAUCCUCGUUGACGUGUUGUGGACAACAUCGUCAGCGACCUCUCCGUGCUCUAGCUGCGUGCUACUGGGCUGCAAAUUUUUCAAGCCACGUGGCCGAGACGUAUCUCGGCAUAAUUAACAUCAUUACGUCCAAGAGCGAACCAACCACUAUGUCGAAGCUCUACGUGGGCAAUCUACCGUCGGAUUGUAACGAGAGUGCCCUCCGGCAACUCUUUCAGGAUCAUAAUUUGUCGUGUACCACGAUCUUGGUGAAACGAGGCGGAUACGCAUUCGUCGAUUGCACGGAUCAGUCUGUGGCCGAUCGUGCAAUCGACAAACUUAACGGAUAUACGUAUCUCGGAUCAGCCCUUGUUGUGGAGCCAUCUGUAGCCAGUGGACCUAAGAAACGUACUUCAUCCUCAAAGGUAAUCGUGAACAACUUCCCAGCUCAGGCCAGAAUAGAAGAUAUCGAAGCUUUAUUUUCGAACUGUGGACAAGUGCAGUCCGUUGAAAAGUUAUCCUCCCGAGACCCGAACACUCAAACCGUCCUAAUCAGUUAUGAGACGCAGGAACAAGCACAACAGGCUGUGAACCAAUUUAAUGGCCACGAAUACGAAGGUAGCCCACUAAAAGUGGAAAUGUCUACGGUGGAGAACCGACGAAGAGGCCGCAGCCAGCGAAGCGGCGUAGCUUAUUCCGGAGUUUCGGGUUCUGGGCGGCAAGCAGACUUCCCGCUUCGUAUUCUCGUCCAGUCGGAAAUGGUAGGAGCCAUAAUUGGUCGUCAAGGAUCAACCAUACGUCAGAUCACCCAGAUGACGCGCGCGCGAGUGGAUGUUCAUCGAAAGGACAGUCUCGGCGCGGCGGAGAAAGCCAUCACUAUCUACGGCAAUCCAGAGAAUUGCACGAACGCCUGCAAGAAAAUCAUGGAAGUCACGCAGCAAGAGGCUUACGGUUUGAGCAAAGGUGAGAUAUCAUUAAGGAUCCUCGCGCACAACAAUUUGAUCGGGCGAAUCAUCGGAAAGGGUGGCACCACCAUCAAAAAGAUCAUGCAAGACACCGACACCAAGAUAACCGUAAGCAGUAUCAACGACAUCAACAAUUUCAAUCUCGAACGCAUCAUCACGGUCAAAGGCAGUAUCGAUAACAUGAGCAAAGCCGAAUCAAUGAUCUCCAACAAACUGCGUCAAAGUUACGAGAACGACUUGCAGGCAAUGGCUCCCCAGAGUUUGAUGUUCCCGGGACUCCAUCCUAUGGCGAUGAUGUCCACUGCUGGCAUGGGAUACAGUUCACGUGGUCCCGGUUUGUACGGUUCUGGCCCAGCUCCCUAUCCGUAUCAGGCUAGUUUGCCGACUCAACAGGGUAUUCCGAUAGGCGAUACCCAAGAGACUGCUUUCCUUUAUAUUCCAAAUACAAGCGUAGGUGCCAUCAUAGGAAGCAAGGGUUCUCAUAUCAGAAACAUUAUCAGAUUCUCCGGCGCCAGUGUGAAAAUCGCGCCUAUCGAGCAGGAUAAACCUGUGGAUCAACAAAAUGACAGGAAAGUAACCAUCGUCGGGUCUCCCGAAUCUCAGUGGAAGGCUCAAUACUUAAUAUUCGAGAAAAUGCGCGAGGAAGGAUUCGUAGCCGGGACGGAGGACGUCCGAUUAACGAUCGAAAUUCUCGUACCGAGUACUCAAGUUGGCCGAAUCAUUGGCAAGGGUGGACAAAAUGUUAGAGAAUUGCAACGUGUGACUGGAAGUAUCAUAAAGCUAUCGGAGCAACAAUCUACGUCUCCUUCUGCCGACGAAGAGGCCACCGUCCAAAUAAUUGGCCCCUUCUUCUCUGUUCAGUCGGCACAGAGAAGAAUUCGCGCCAUGGUUCUACAAUCCUCUGGUGCACCUGGAGCAGGUGUUGCUGGCUCACGCGCUGGUCGUGGUAGCAGCCAAGAAGCUUCACGUUCUCGAAGAGACGGCAGUGCCACAUCUCAACAAGGCGGUACAACGACGCAACAACACCCAACUCAGCAACAAUCGAGCACUUCGCCCUCCAGCCAACAACAGCCACAAAAUCAGUAACAUCACUGAAACUUACCUGACGCCGACCAAAACGCCUCUCGGAAUCCGUUUUAAUCGCCGGGGUGGCCUCGUCGCUUUGACAUUCUCUCGUCAAGAGGGCUACGUGCGACCUCCUUCUCGCGGGCUAUGUAUCCUUCGAUGUGCACAACACGGGGGGCACAUCACGAAAACUAUUAGUUCAAAAAAAACAAAAAAAAAAAAAAUAUGUCAUACAAUAUAUAUACACACGCAAUAGGAUUUCGAUAAUCUUCAAAAUCAUAUAAGUUUGAUUCAGAACGGUAAGAGGGGAUACGAUCGAUGGCGCGUUUCUUUUCUUGUUUUUGGUUUUUUUUUUUUUUUCUCCUUCCUUUUUCUCUUUUUAUUUAAGUUUGGAUACGCGAGUUCAUAUAUAAGUAAGUCUUUUGUCGCUAUUUUUUCGAGAAUGUAAAGAAACAUGGAGCGUCGUUUUUUUUUUUUUUUGGAUAGAUUUUUUGUAACAGAAUGCGCUAUAAAUUAUUGACUUAUUGCCAUUGAUCGUGACACUCGGCUUACAUCGCUGUUUAAUUAAAAAGAGUCGAGCUCGGCUCGGGAUACACAGCUCUGAGGUAAAAAAAAAAAAAAAAAAAAAAAAAAAAAAGAAAAAAAAAAGCGAUGCAGGGUACCGCGUUGAAUCAGACGGAAGUGCACGUCAGCUAUAUAAAUGAAACCGCAUCGCGCGACAAGAGGUGAGACGAAAAAGAAAAUUCCUGCAAAAUUUCGAAAUGCAGGAAUUAAAGUUAUAAUCUAUAAUUCUUCCGUCGAAAAAAGAUACACAGAUGCCGUUCGCUCACUUCUUUCUUUCGCGAAUUGCGACAUGUUUCGUUGCGAGUUCGCUUUUAUCAAGAGAUAAAGCGACGGGUGAUACUCAAACGAAGCGAUUUCGCAGCAUUUAACGAAACCACCUCGUCGAUGAAAUAGGAUACGACGAUAAGGGAAAAAAAAAAAAAAAAAAAAAAAAUUAAGCAUACACAACCUUAUUACCUCAUUCAUUACGGUUAAAGAUUUAAUAUGAUAAUGAAAAGUGAAACGAGAGAAAGGAUAAAAAUCAACUAAUCUAAAAAAAAAAAAAGAAGUCUACCUAAUAUUAAAGUUAUAAUAAUAUACAGAGAAGUUAAGUAACGAUUACACAAUUACGUUAUACAUGUUACUACAACUAUUAUUAUUACUACUACUAUUACUACUAUUACUACUACCACUACUACUACUACCACUACUACUACUACUAUUACUACUAUUACUAUUACUACUACUACUACUACUACCACUACUACUACUACUACUGCUAUUAACUACUACUUCUACUACUACUACGUAUUCUAUACAGGAAAGCGAUUUUUUUUAAAGGAAAGAAAAUAAUUACUCUAGGUACAGUUUUUUUUAUACCACAACGCAGAGAGACAUUAAUUAACGAGACUUAAUUAUUGAAAAGAAGAAGAAAAAAAAAGAUGUGAACGAAAAACGUGACACGUUCUAUAGUAUAGACAUAUAUAAGCCGGCAAGAUUUUUCACGGCAGACGCCCUCAUCCCCGGCCCCUCUCGUGCCUGUAAUACCAAAGAAGCGAUUAUGAGUUUUUGCGUAUUAGUGAAGUGAAAAUGCGUGACGCACAGCACACAUACACGGUCGUGUCGAACGCUCAACUCGCCUCAAGUUCCUUGCAAGAGCCAAGAAGAGCGAGAGGGGUCUACAGACUCGACAGAGAGAGAGAGAGACAGAGAUUCGCGUCUGCGGGGAAUCGACGAGUGGUUAUUGACGGCAAAUGGAAGGACACUGACGAAAAGUGGCAUCCUUCGUCAUCGAGUCGCUUUUAUUCAAAAAAAAAAAAAAAAAGUGAUUUGGAAAUAGAAGAGUCGUAAUAAGAAUCAAACAAAUGUUUCGAGGGAAAAUGAUAAGAUAAUACGGGGAGAGAGAGAGAAAAGAACGGAGAGAAAGGUAAAAGUUUGAUAUCGGUGAAACGUUGAAACGAACGUUUCGUGCUACGAGAAGGAUGUUCCACACAAAGGGGGGGAAAAAACGAAUAGAGAGAGAGAGAAAGAAAGAGAGAGAAGGAGAGAAUGAAAAAGCGACCGUGCGAGAAAAACCGCGAGCGAAGAGGGAACAGAGAAGAAGAAGAAGUUUUUUUAAAAUGAAGAAGAAGAAGAAGGGGGAAAAAAAAAAAUAAGAGAGCCACAAAACUUUUUCAGGGAUUUUUACUUUACCAUGAGUGUAAUAAUGUGUGAGUGUGCGUGUGUUGAAUAAUACUAUUAAUUGAUAAGUAAUUACUGAUUAGGCAUAUAUGGCAAAAGAGGCGCCAGAUAAGGUUAGAAAUUCGAAAUAAUUCGAGAGGAAAAUAACAUAUAUAUAUAUAUAUAUAUAUAUAUAUAUAUGGAAAAGAAAGACAGGAAAAGUGCUGGGGGUGGAAGAGUGAUAUUUGACGAGAGAGAGGCAUCGUUUAUUAUAUUUCAAGUCGCUCUUCGCCUUGUUGUGCGAGCGUCGAUAUUGUCCAGCGAGUAUUUAUAUACAGACACAUGCUGAUUUUAUGAAACCCUGUCGACGAUCUUUCCGAAUUUUGUCAUUUUUCUUCGUUUCUCUAUUUAUUGCUCCACUAUACAUAUAGUAUAUGUAUAUAUUUAUAUAUAUAUAUAUGCUAUGAUUAAAAAAAUUUUCUUUUUUUCUUUAAGUAGAGAAACGAGUAAAAAUUACAGAAUUUACGAAAGAUCGUCGAUAGGCUUGCAUCAAAUUCACAUACGUCGCUUACGUAACUGCGAUAUAUCCAAUACGCGUUCACGCGUAACGAUUAUUACCUUGUUCGCAGUAAGAGUUAGACUCGCGGCGAUAUCACGUUUCUUGCACGGCGCGUACUAUCGAUCACGAUAAUUCUGAUCAAUUUUUUUUUUUUUUUUUUUUUUUUUCCGCGAAACGGGGAUGAAUAUUUUUUAGGUAUUGCCGAGAAAGAAAGAAAAUUUUUUUUUUUUUUUAAGCGAAAAGAAGAAUUCAAAUUUUUAAUAUUUUUAACGUUGGGGAAGCGAAGCGAAGAGGCGAGAGAAGAGGAAGAGAGAAAACUUACUACUUCGAGAAUAUUCGUGACCGAUUGCGCGUGAGAUCGUAAUCCUUAAGUUCUGACUUGCGAAGGGCAAAAUAAGAAAAAAAAAGAAAAAAAAGGAAAAAAAAGAAAAACCGCACGAAAAGGAAGGGAGUCUAAAAAAAAAAAAUUUCGAGGAUACGAUAGUUCGCACGUGCAACGUACGGGCGGGAAGCGUUUUCACUCGGAACGGGAGAAAAAAAAAUCGUCUGAUCGCGUAAACGGGAUCUUUCUAAUAAAUGAGAGGACGGAUUUCAAGACUAUUUAGAGAACGGUGAAGUGAAUUUGCACUAUUUAUCGAAAGAGACUCUAAGAGGAACUAACUGAUCGACGAAUACGGCUAGCUCCGUUUCGAUGAUCUGUAUGAAACAUGACCAAAAAAAAAAAAGAAAGAAAAGGAGUGAUAAAUUAACGGAUUGACGAGAUGCACGGUCAUGUGCCACGAAGUACGAUCCAUUCACGAAAUCGGCCCAUUUUUUUUCCAAUACUUCUAAUCGCUAUAGGCUCUCUAUCUAUAGUUUCCAAGAUUAUUUCGAUCCCUUCGAAUCGAGAUAACUCGUCUAAAUUCGAAUACACUUGGCGUUGAAAUGAUUCCUUUUUUAUUUCCUCUCGAAAUCGAUCGUGGCGCAUGAUCGAUGCUUCAAAUUGGAUACGUCGAAUCUCGGUCGCUUACAGAUUCGAAAGUACAGCGACGAAAACGAUAAUCCCUUCCGGUUGAAUAGGAAUUGAUCGGAAGACCAAGGGUCAUCGACCGUCGUUUCACCUCACGGCAUUUGGUAUGCGUUUAGUACAAAAAUACACGAGUUUAACGUGGGUAGAAAGGGAGUACAAUUUUACGAAAAGGGGGGGAAACAAAAAAAAAAGAAAAGAAAAGAAAAGAAAAAAAAAGAGAGAAAACGUGUAUAUUGAAUGGAAGGGAAAUGAUAUAUAUAGAGAUAUAUAUAUAUAUAUAUACACUCACACAAACACACAUACACACACAUAUAUAUAUAUAUAUAUAUAUAUCGCGUGUUAGGAUUUUUGUUUAUCGAGUGGAAGGCAAAUACGCGUAACGAACGAAGAAACGAACUUGUGCGCACGGGAAUAAUAUAUCAUCGAUAAUAUGGGUAACGUGGAAAAUUGGACGAUGGAGAGAGAGAAAAAAAAAGGAUUUGUACGUGCAAGGGAAGAACGAAGAAGGGGAUGAACACAGGCGGGGGUGGAAGUUUUAUAUACCGCCGCCGCCCGCCGUUGGCUUCGUUUCCCUUGCCUUUUUCUUUUUCGCUGCAUCUCGAGGAGUGCCGGAAAGAUUGAAAGAAAAAAAAAAGAGAAAAAGAAAAAAGAGGAAGAGAUUAAAGAAAAUAAAUGAAUAAGAGAGAAAGGAAGAAAUUGACCGAAGAUAGAAGGAAAGGGAUUGACUGGCCGGAUUUGAGGGGGGAAAGAAAAGGAUGAAGACGAAACGAGAGAGAAGAAGAAGAAGAAGCGACGCGAGUGAAGAUAUGAAGUGAAGGAAGAAAUGAAGAUUAAAAGAAGAAAAAAAAGAAAAAAGGACGAGAUGAGAAAUAAGAUGUGAGAAAGAGAAAAUGAAUCUAAGAGUAAUAAGUUUAUUUUUGAUACAUUGUUGGGGAGAUCUAAGUGAAUCUUUCUUUUUCAAUUUUUUUGUUAGAUGUUUUUAAUAACUUAAUGAAUUUUAACGAUAUUAAUAAAUAAAAAAAAAAAAGAUGCGAGGCGUGAAGAGAGAAGGCGAAGACAUUUUUUAAAUAGAGAUAUAAGGAGAUAUAAGAGAAAGGUGGAGUAAGAAGAGAAGCGGAGUGUUUUUCGUAAGAAAAAAAAAAAA